CGCUGGAUUGGCCAUUCACUGGAGGGAUGGGAGUUGUUGUGUUGGCGUUUGAACUUUCAGUGCUACGUGGCGAUUCUGGUCUUGGCCCAGGUUCAGGUCCUGAUCCUGGCCCUGAUCGCGGACCUGGAUCUGGUUGUCUAUUUGUGUGGUAAGUGUUGUCUCGCUUGAUUACGUCGAAGAAUCAACCACCGCAGUGUGCUCGUGCAGCGAAAGCGUUAGCCGCGAGGAGAUGAGCGUUUUGCUUGGGGUAGGUGAUCAUGUUUUGGAACACGCCAGCUCGGGCUGCUUUUGUUAGUCCACUCAUCCGCGCUCAGGAAACAUUGUGGAUAUGAAGAGCGAGGGUUGGGAGGAGGGAGGAGACAUCGAGUGCGGAGAUGUGCAAUGCCUGCGAUUCCAAGAUACUGCUCGUAAGUGGAAACGAUAUCAGUGUUUGCCUGAGGACGCGUUUGGAAGCGUUAUCGACUCGCAUCCCGUUGACAGGCGCCAGACUACAGACAUUGCCAACAGGAGACUGGACUUGCUGGAAGCAUACCUCGCAAGCAAAGGCAAACGACUUAACAAUAAUGUGAAGGGAGGUGCUUUGUUUCAACUCAAGGCAUUGCAAGACAACCUCAAAGAGUUCAGGGUUUGGGUGGAUCUGUUUGCAGCAGAGCAGGCAAAGAGAAGCCCUUCCGUAUUUGAGUGUGCCUUGGUCCGAGCUGCGGUUGCAAAGUUUUCAAUUGCUGUGCUUGGUAACUGGGAAAUGAUUCAAGCAUCCUUAGUAGUGCAAGAGAAGCCAGAAGACCUUCAGUCAGGGGAAAGUGUGGAGGGUGACAACACCGAACACAAGGACUCAGAAGAUAUAACUGAACAUCUAGGCGCCAAGACUGGAAGUGAGAGACCAAGCAUCAACCAGCAAACAGAGCUAUUGUGGUUCACUAUUCGCAUCACAUGUUUUCUAACACUGCCAGUUCGUGCUUCAAGUCGACACAGGUUGCAGGUCAUCUCGAAUGCUGGGAAUAGUGGAGAAACAGAGCUUAGAAAGGCACCGUGGAUGGACAAAGCCAGUGAGGAUAUUCGCAAUGCAAAGCACCUUCAGAUGUCCCAACAGUCAAAGGCAGCAGCAGAGCUGUCUUCAGAUGGAGAUUCUGAGUGGGGUGAUGAACAGUAUAAUCACAAGUCUAAUUCUGUCACUGAGAUGAGUUCCAUUUCACCAGUAGUUGUUGGGCAAGUGGGGGAUCAUCAUGGCCGUCUUGGAGCCAGUGUAGGUAGCUUAGGGCCAGAGUCAUCUGAUCGAGUCUCAGCUGGGUUAGUGGGUAGUGAUGCCUUGGACUUAGAAAGUGCCAGAGGCAGGAACGAUCCAAGAGUGGAGCAACUGGUUCACCAAGUGGAGAAGGAGAUUCAGCAACGUUACCAAAAGCAAGGUUAUCAACUGAAUGAUGAGCAUCAGCCGAAUGCUGGGACUGGGACUCCAACAGAAGGAACAGAGAACUCUGGUUCAAGCCAAAACCCAUCAGUGAGACACGGUUCUGACAGGUCUCGGGUUUUGGAAGGGCCUUCAGAGGAUGUGGGAAUUCUUGGCAGCGGCACACAAAAGGAAGCUUCGCAACCUCCUCCGGACGGAACCAUAACUCUGUCGGGGUCAGAUGUUGUACAGGAGUCUUCUGGAUCAGUGUCAGCUGACAGUGGAUUACAUAGAGGUCAAGUGACUAGUGGGCAUGGCAAGACAGGUGAGUCCGUGCAGGAUGCUGGUGGGCAAACAAUCAUACAUAGUUCCACGGGUGCGUUAACUGAUGUGAAUCGGAGGGAAAGAAAUGCAGCGGAGCAGUCACCAGAACAGGCUCUCAUUAGUAGUGAACCAGGGGAUGGCAGUGGUGAGACUGUUCAGGUUUGGAGACAUAGCUCCUUGGCUAGGGGAGUAAAUCAGGUAAUUGCUCCUCAUUUACCGGACAAUUUAACAGUGUCCAUAGAAUUGGGGCCUAAUGGGUCAGGACAGAGUUAUACGGUGAUGCAGAACGCUGUGGAGUCCAAGGACCUCGGUAUGGGUCCUUCUCAUGAACAAAUAAGGGAACAUGGAAGAAGCAGGAGGGAAAACUCUCGUGAGACAAGGCAAUCCGUGGAUAGAAGGGAGCAUGAUAUGUUUCGAGGUGUACAGGAGCAACCUCAGCAGAAUGAUCCAGGAGGGUAUAGGACAAGCCAGCAGUAUGCAACUGUGAUGGUCCAUCGAUCAAACUGGUCAACUGAUCGAAGCAGUGAUGAAAUAAGCAUUUCACUGCACUCAGAGAGAAUGAUGGUUCACACUCAGGGUGAUCCACCACUCACUGCACGGCGCAGGCAGAGUGAUCCACCACUCAUUGCACGGCUGAGUGGGGCUACGGCUGACAGUAGAUACAUCGAGGGAUCAGUCCCUUCAGGUAGGAGCUUGUCCAGGCCAUCAUCAAGGAUAGGCAGGGAUUCUGAGGAUGCAGGUGAAAGGAGCAAGGAGCAAGCCAUUGCAAAAUCAUCUUCAGCUGGUGGGCAGGGGGUUCGAAGCAUUGGUAAUGUGGCCUCCGAAAUGGCGGGAUCUAGUGGGCCUCCUAAAGGCUCCAGCUCUGGAGGAAUCAAUAGGGGGAAUUCACCUGAGUCAAUGUCACAGGGGCCAGGAAGGGACAUGGGCCACCUUGGCCUCCAAGAACAGCAGACUGCCACACACAGUGGGCGGUGGCUGCCCUCCAGAGAUGGAACUGGUGUGUCACCAGGAGUCAAGGAUGUGAACUAUGCUGUGGUUGGAAACAACGUGAUGUCAGCAGAAACAAAAGAGGAUAGUGGCAAUGAUGGUGGUGGAAGGGGAACUGAAACCAAUAGUUCUGGUCUUCCAAGGUCAAGUGUCCCCAGAGAUGGGGUUGCGAACAACAAUCAGCAAUUCAAGUAUCUGGAGCCUAGGGCUUCUCCCACAAUGAGUGGUGUGGCAAGUGACAGUCGCAGACAGAGCCACAAUAGUCCCCAGUUCGAUCGACAAAGCCCUGGUGCAGAUAAUGUGACAUUACAGGACAGCAGAAGGGUAAUGGGUCAUGAAAGCCAAGCUGGAAGGCCCUCCCUGAGGAUUGGAGAAGCUGAUCACCCAGAAAACUCUGGAUUUAUGUUGGAUGUUAGCCAGAGGGCAUCCUUACCUAGUGCUCGAGGGCCAGGGAGGACUGGGGGUUCUAGAAAUUCCUUGGGGGGGGGGAAACAGGAGGCAAGUUUGUCCGAUAGAGAUUUUAUGGAAAGGCAUCAUAGCCAUGGAGGAAGAUCAACUCAUCAUGAGUCCACUGAGUUGACACAGCCAGGUCCUUGGGAUGGAAGGGCACCAAUGGAGAGGAACUCACCUGAACUUGGAGCAAUGGUGGACUCUGGACCUGGCAUUGAUGGUCGGAAAUUGGCUCCAGGGACAAAUGGUGCAGCUGUAGAAGCUGAUAUCAGUGUUGACCAUCUCGGAAGGAAGGUUGGAGAUCGACGGGUAUCUUUCUCAAAAACAGGGAGUCCACAUGCCGUUGGAUCCGGGCAGGCUGCUGCACCUGACAUUGUCAGCAUGACUCAGUUGAAGAGCUUGUCAAGUGAGUAUGGGGGCGGGAGACUAACGGCAGAAGGGAACAAAUCUAGCAUUCCAUGGCAGUCACAUGGUUCUGAAGGACCAGACUACUCGAGAAUAGGUAGCGCUACAUCUGGCGGUCCAGCUUUGGAGACUAUGCCUCGGAAUCAUAGAGGUAGCCAAAGAGAGGCAGCACUCUCCAGGGACAUGUAUGGUGCCACCAAUGUAGAUGUGGAUGGGGUUGCACGAGAAGCUCCAAGCCCAGCUGCUAAAGAGGGACAUGGGGCACCUGAGACAGUUCGCCAUCCUCGGUCAUUGAGUUUAGCCUCUCCCUCUGGCGGACCUGGAACAACGAUAGAUAUGUCACCGAGAAACAGAUCAAGAAGCCUUGAUGGGACUGACAGGUUAAUAGGUCCUGAUGGGCAACAAGACCUGGGUAUGAGAGAAAGGUAUACAGGGACUCCAAACAGCCAGCCAGUGGAUGGAUCAUCCACCUAUAGAAGGGUGUCAACACUGUCAAGUGGCCAACGUGUUCUGGACAUCAAGGAGGCUCCGAGAAGGGAUAUUCCUCCUUAUGUGGCAGGGCCAUUGAUGAUGAACUUUCACCAAGAGCAGGGGAGGGCUGCUUCUGGCAUCAAGGAGGUUCAUGGUGACAACACUAUGUGGAGUGGCAAAGGUCCAAAACCAAGGCUCUCGAUUACAAUCAACACACCAGGGGCAGAUGAAGCACUUCGGGAUAUUGCAAAGCUGGGAGGUGAUUCAGGGCUGCAUUUCAUAGGGCGAGAAGCUCCUCCAAGUGCUGUUGAGUUACAGGAAGCUUGGGCUGUUGAAGCGAAAAGUGAAGGAAUGAACAAAUGGGCAAGGAGCGAUUUGGAGAGCACAUCACUACAGAUGCCGGGGCAGCAGCAGAGGAGGAGUCUACAAGAUCCAGGAAAAAGAGGGUCAGCACAUGGUAGCGGGGAGGCUGCAGUGCAGGAGAACGUGAAUAGACUUUACGAAGAGCAUCACCAGGCAUUUGUUGGAGGGACCAACUCUAGUAGGGAGGGUCUCUCCUGGCCUGAGACACCAGGGACCACCGACCAUGGGGAAACCAUAGGGAAGGCAAGUCAUCAUGACUUGCAGGGGAAUGCGACAGGUGAGGAAAGAAUAGUGACGGCACGAGAACAACAGGAGGAGUUACAGAGAUGGCUUAGCCAGAGACCCAAGGGGGUGGAAAUAGUCAUCGAGAGUAUCCAGAUAGAUGUGGAAGCAGAAACAACCCCAACAACUCCAGCAGCCUUUCUGGGAUCUGGAAGUGAGUCCACAAUGGACAGUCCGAGCACAUUGAGGAGGUCUAUGAAGGCACAGAGUCAUGUUCGCAGGCUUGGGGACCCUACAGAAGCAGAGGGAGCAAAUGAUGAUGGGCCAAGGGGAAUCAGUGAAAGGCAACAUGUUGGAAUUGGAGAAGGAGAUGAAGCUCUAUCAGGCCAUGAUCAGCAGGCUUUCCAGUACGGCCAUCCACUGGUAACAGGUGCUGCAUCAGCCAUAGCAAAGACUCCAAAGGACUCUGCCCAAGUUACCAAGUGGACGCCAGACUACUUGGACUAUGGCUCUGACUUUGAGGAGGGGCAGACUAGAGGAUUGAAGGAGACAAAUGGACCCGGAGGGGGCAGCCAUAUUUCCCCAAAUCGGCAUAAUCUUGCAGAAAGGUCCGGCGAGUAUAGUCGUCAAUUUGAAAGACACGACCAAGCCACUGGCGGUCAUGGUGAACGUCCCAUCACCAGCACUGCAUCCCGGCCAGAUAAUUUGAGAAAUGUAUCUGCGGAACAUAAGGAGAAUGAGAGAGGAUAUCAAUUUGCAGCCUCCGAUGGCUGGUUGAACAAUGCCAUGAAUGUAUCGAGGCAACACAAGGAGAACGAGAGAGGAUAUCAAUUUGCAGGCUCCGAUGGCUGGUUGAACAAUGCCAUGAAUACAUCGAAGCAUGACUACCGUCAGGAGCUUGACAGAGGGUCUCAAGGAGGGUGGGUGGUUGGAUCAUCAGCUACAGAAGCUGCAGCUGCAGAGAACAACGAAGAAAUUGAGAAAAUUCAGGCUUCUGGGAGGUCGCCUAAACGUCUGUCAAAAAGACUGGAUGCAUUGUCAGCAUUAAUAGACAAGCUUCCUGAGAGAACAGGAAUGAUUAGCACAAUGCCAGAGUAUCCAGAGGCAGUAAAAAGAAGCAAGGAUCCUCAAGAUGCAAAAACCGAUGCCGCUUUGGAUGAGAUCAUCAACGAACUCCACAGAAUAGAUGGUCUGAGUGGAAGGCCAAGCUAUUCAAACAGCCCACGUCACAGUCCUGGUGGGCACAGUCAACCUAUGCUAGCCUCAGCAGGCCCACACGGAGAAGGCAUUACACCCAGUGCCAUGCAGUACAGCUUUGACAUAGCUCCGAUCCAGGGUGUGGGGCCUGAUAGUAUGGGUGCAUGGAGAGUUCCGCCCAGUAUAUCAGUCAUGAAUCCAGCGAAUAUAGGUGACCAAAGGUUUCUUCCUGACUGGGAUAGUGGAGGUCGAGGACGAAGCCCUAGAGGAGGCCAAAGUCCUGGAGGGUGCCAAAGAAGUGAGGUGCCAUCAGCAGCAAGGACAUAUGCCGAGGGUGACAAACUCGGAGGAAUGAUCGAUGAUGAUCCAAGUGGCAGGGCUAUGGGAAAGGACAGGGAUGUGCAACCGUCCAAGAGGCGUUCCAAAUCGAGGCCAGGUAGUGUGGACAGUUCAGACCCAAUCUCGAGGGGAAGGAAAAGUUCCCGAGUGGACCAAUUUGAUGGUGGUUUGCACCCAUCCAGGGGCAGGAGUGCAGGCACUGAACUACCGUCAAGAGGACAAAGCCGAGCAGCAAGCAGGGAGAAGGGUGCUACAACUCCGCAUUCAGAAGGAGCAGGGGCAAUGACCCCUAUGGAGCCCAGAUCAGCUCUGGAAGCACGGAUUGAAGCUCUAGAGGAGAUGCUUCGUGCCAGAUAUGGCGUGAUUCGAACUGCACAGACUUCUCCACAUGAGCCCCGAUGCACAGCAUUGUUAAGGAUGGAGCCAAAUAUUGAUGCAUCAAAUGCGGCAUCUGCCAUGAUUGCAGCCCAAGAUAAGCUCAUGAAGUGGGUUCGGGAGCUGGAAGAGAAGGUGGCAACACAGGAGCGAGAACUCAGUGCAGUCUCAAAGAGAGCGCUAGUGCUAAUCUUAGUGCAGGAGCACAAGGAGCAGCGCAGCAGCAGUAUCGCAGCAGCGGCAGCGAGCGGAGCGGCAGCGAGCGGAGCAGCAGCGGCGGCGACUGAGCAGAUCGGCAGCCAUAGCCGCCUGAGGUAUCAGGAGCCGGAGGACACCGGGGCACUGCCACGACGCACUGCGAGGCUCGCAGUUCGUACCCGUCCUGUGGUACCUCCACGAAGCAAGUAUCAGCAACAGCGGCUCAGCAAGCGGACGACUCCAGCGGCAUCGAGUACAACACUGACAAUACCGGUUACCACCGGAGUUCUUCCCGCAUGUCCGGUCCAAGGGGCCCUUGAACUGUUGGCUGACUACCUUGGGCGGUUGCAGGAAUUCACAAAUGCCGUAGCUGCCGCCAAGGCUCAGCAGGAGGCAGCAGAGGCGGAACGUCAGUGGCUGGCCAAUGAGGCGGCAGCCCAAGCUCAGCAGACUGCUGAGGCUGACGCAGCGGCACGAGACAGACGGAAUGCCGCCAGCACGGAGUCCCUGAUUCAAAAUGAGAAUCAGUGGACAAUUUUACUCCAAGGCAUGUUCUUUGUGUCUACGGACACGCAGGCGGAUCCGACACAGGCGGAGGCAGAGAGAAGUAACCUGGUUACGGUGAUGUUGAGCGUGAUGAGGGGAGUAAUGUGGAACAACAAACUGCUGCAAGCACACCUGCUCACGGAACGACAGCAAAGGCAAAAGCACCAGCAAGAGGCUAAGACCUCUGCAGCGCCAGGCUGCACGACAGACGCGACGAAGCAGCUCAACGAGCGCAUCGAUCACGUUGUCACCAUCAUUGGCGAACUAGGUGAUUUCACUAGUCCGGCCACGAUCAGCAGCACGGUGGCCGCCAUCAAGACGGACAUCACCAAAUUGCAGACAAGACCGGACGCCGCUACAAGGAACUACAAGAUGCUGCACUUCACCAUCAACAAGUUCGACGACUACAACAAGAUGGAUGCCUUGACAUGGUGGCAAAGUUUCCUCACGGAAGCAUCAUGCCGCACUGUCCCGGCUGACGACAUGAUGAAGGCGCUCUACUUACAACUGAUAGGAGGAGCACAUGCGUGGAUGAACCAUCUGGCGGCUACCAAGAAAUGCUCCAUCGCUGAACUCCACACGCACAUCACGUGGAAGGAGUUCGAGCAACUGUGGUUCACUCGAUUCAUGGUCCGCAACGUCAUGAAGGCGGCCAUGAACGAGGUAUACACCUGCUCUCAAGGGAGUAUGCCAACUCGAGAUUGGACAACCAAGUGGCAAAAGAUAGUGACCACGCCAGGCUUCGAUUUGAGUUUUACCAACCAACGAUCCAAGUUAUUCUCGCGAUCGUGCGCAGGACUGCAAACCGCACUCGACAACGAGUACGAUUACGCCUCAUUCCAGGCCAUCCUGGAUCGUGCGAACUUGGUCAUCCAAACGGAUGACAAGGCCGCAAACGAACGGCAGUCCCAGCCGCAUUAUGUGGCUAAGUCGGGCUAUCAACGACCGACACAUAAUAAUGUCGUGAUUUCUAACGAAACAGUCGAUCUCCACGCUGCAGCAGCAUCCUCGAGUGAUGGAGGAAUUGUAGCAGCGCUCCCGCCGAAGCGUCCCAAGAGAGUUCGGAAGAACAAGGCGACACAAGAAACGGCAUCGACGGGAACUGGGCAGCAGCCAUGGACAGCAUACAAGAUAACCAAGGAAAUCUAUGACCUUCGUCAACGGUACGGAUAUUGCCUUUGGUGCAGUGGAGUCACUCACUUGACCGCACAAUGCCCCGAAAAGGGCAAGGCACGCCUGGUACCACCACUAGACCAGCCAAGCCACGUGCACUUAGAUUGCGUAUGCGCAGUCUGUACACCGUCGGCAAGUGAUCCGGUCAGCUCGCCACUAACUUCCGAGGACUCGACGGCGUGGUCAAGACUUGAGGAGCUUGACCCGCUCACGAGAGAGGACUUUGCUUGGAUGCCUCUACCCUCGACCGGAACGUUGCCAAGGCCGCAUUGCAACGCCUUGAUGGCAAAUCUACGCUCCUAUUUGCACACUACAGUACCAGCUCCGUUGACGGACGAUGGAGUAGCGGUUGUCGAUCUCCGCUCCUAUCUUGCGAAGAUUGACCGCGAGUACGCCACCCAAAGGUACGCCAAAACCGACGCUCCUUUGCUCUAUAUCCGCAUUCAAAUCAGAAAGGCAACCUGUAGUGCCUUGAUUGAUUGCGGAGCGUCUCGCAACUUUAUGAGCCAAACCUUUAUGGCCCGCGCAGGCCUUGGCUCGCGCGUUCGAAGGAAGACGCAACCCACGCAAGUUACACUCGCGGACGGCCGCACGCAAAAGUCGAUUGACCCAUGCGUCGACGGCGUCCCGGUAUACUUUGCGCCACUUGUGUGCGAGCCGGUGUCUUUUGACAUCCUCGACACCAAGUUCGACAUGAUUUUAGGCAUGUCUUGGUUGCGUAGCGCCGAUCAUCCGGUGAACUUUCAUGACCGAACCGUUCACAUCCGUGAUCGGAACGGAGUGUUAGUCCCAUGUACGGUCGCGACCCCUCACACUUCGAUUGCUUGUCACGUGGUUUCCGUUGCGAGAGUUCGCGACGCCAUAGCUCGGAAUGACGUCGAGGAGAUGGGCCUUGUAUUCUUGCAUGCUCUCCCCUCGCCGGACGGACCAGUCGCGUCACCGUCGGACCCACGCAUUUCUCACCUCUUGGACGAGUAUAGAGACGUCUUCGAGGCUCCCACCAGAACGAUUCCGGAUCGGCCCAUACGUCACGGGAUCACUCUCGAGGCUGGCGCCGUCCCUCCGCGUGGAUGUAUCUAUCGCAUGAGCGAAGAGGAACUCGAGGUGCUUCGCGCACAACUCGAUGACCUUCUCGACAAUGGUUGGAUUCGCCCUAGUUGCUCGCCAUACGGUGCCCCUGUUCUCUUCCCCUCUCCCUCGGAUUGCGGCGCGACGUACUUCUCGAAGUUGGACUUGAAGUCGGGUUACCACCAGAUUGAAAUCCAGCCUCAAGAUCGGUACAAGACCGCGUUCAAGACGCGGUACGGACAUUUUGAGUGGGUUGUCAUGCCAUUUGGCCUCACCAAUGCCCCCGCGACUUUCCAAGCAGCUAUGACGACUGAGUUUUGCGACUUGCUCGAUCGCAUUGUCCUCAUCUACCUCGACGACAUCUUAGUUUAUAAUAGGACGUUGGACGAGCACAUCACACACCUUCGCGCUGUUUUGGAUCGUUUGCGACUGACCAAAUACAAAGUGAACCGCGACAAGUGCGAGUUCACCAAGCAGGAGCUUGAGUAUUUGGGCCACUAUGUUACACCGAAAGGCAUUCGUCCCUUAGCGGACAAGAUCCAAGCCAUCGUGGAUUGGCCGGAACCCCGUUGCACGACGGAUGUACGCUCUUUCAUGGGUUUGGCURGAUAUUAUCAGCGAUUCGUCGAGUCAUACUCGAAAGUGGCCGCUACUUUAUCGAGACUUCAGUCCCUGAAGGUGCCCUUCGAGUUCGGCGACGCAGCCCGUGGCGCGUUCACUACGUUGAAGGUACCGAUGCAAGCCGCACCUGCCCUCCGUAUAUACAACCCCACCCUUCCCACCCAAGUGACUACGGACGCUUCGGGAUACGGAUGCAUCUAUUGCAUGAGCAAGGAAGAGCUCGCGGUUCUCCACGCGCAACUUGAUGAUCUGUUGGACAAGGGUUGGAUCCGCCGUAGUAGCUCACCAUACGGUGCGCUGGUUCUCUUCGUACGGAAGAAGAACAAGGAUCUUCGCUUGUGCAUCGACUUCCGCAAGCUCAACGCACAAACCGUCAAGAAUGCGGGACCUCUUCCGCGGAUUGACGACCUUCUCGAGUGUUUGGGCGGCACGAAAUUCUUCUCGAAGUUGGACUUGAAGUCGGGCUAUCACCAAAUCCCUAUACGCCCGCAAGAUCGCUACAAAUCUACGUUCAAGACGCGGUACGGGCAUUUUGAGUGGGUCGUUAUGCCUUUUGGCCUCACCAAUGCCCCGACGACUUUUCAAGCGGCAAUGGACAACGAGUUUCAUGCGAUGUUGGACCGGUUCGUGCUAGUCUACUUAGACAACAUUCUCGUCUAUAGCCGGACAUUGGACGAUCAUCUUGAGCACCUUCGACGAGUGUUGGAGACGCUCCACCGCGCCAAGUAUAAAGCCUACCGCGACAAGUGCGAAUUUGUCCGGCAAGAGCUGGAAUACUUGGGCCAUUUUGUCGCAUCGGAGGGCAUCAGCCCGUUCUCGGACAAGAUUCAAGCCAUCCAAGAGUGGCCAGAACCGCGGAACAUCACAGAUGUUCGUUCGUUCCUUGGCCUUGCCGGCUACUACCAACGUUUUAUCAAGGGAUACUCGAAGAUCGCGGCCCACUUGACCAAGCUUCAAUGCGAGGAUCGACCGUUUGACUUCGGAGAGGAUGCGCGGGAAUCAUUUUUGGCUCUCAAAGUCGCGCUAUUAUGUGCGGAGGUCUUGCGCAUAUACGACUCGCUAUUGCCAACGCGCGUCACUACGGAUGCGUCUGGCUAUGGCAUUGGGGCCGUCCUCGAACAACACGAUGGCGUGGACUGGCACCCGGUCGAGUACUUCAGCAAGAAAGUGUCCAUCGUGCACUCCAGUGAUGAUGCACGCAAGAAGGAGCUCCUAGCCUUCGUCCAUGCGCUCAAGCGAAUACGGGAUGCCGAAAUAAGGGCUGAGGACGCAGAGGAAGAUCUUGCUGCAGUGGUAGAAGAGAGAACACGGGUGCAAGAAACGGCCAGAGUUCUGCACGGCGAGAUCCAGAAUCUUCAUGGCAGUUAUGCAAGGGUUAUGGAGGAGAGACAAGUGAUGGAGGGAAGGCUCCAUGAGAGACUGGAUGAUUUCAUCAAGCUGGUGGAGGAAAGGUGGCAUGACCCGCAGGAGGCUCAAAAGGCCACCGACGGGAUAUUGACCCUGGAAGUUCAGAUUAACCGGGAGAAGUACGAGGUUGGCCGCACUCGGAUCUUGUACCAGGGUCAUGAGAUUUCGGCGGAGGGAUUGAAGCCCAAUGACGCGAAGGUGGCCAGCAUUUGUGACUGGCUGCGUCCUCUACUGAGGCAUGACGGUAAACUCGUAGUGCCCGAAACGAGAACGAAAAGCGGUCUUGGGCUGGUCCUCCUCGGCUACGCGGAUCUGGUGAUAUCCGCUACGAAGAUCGAUCUUCGUGAAGAAAUGGUGGCCCGAGAGGCGGUCAAACAGGUCAUCCGUGUGAGGCAUGGGAUAGCUAUUUUUGACCGUGUUGUGGUUCAGACCGCGGUAGUCAAUACAGAGACGAAGGGUGCCAUCCUUCUUGCAAUCGAAGAGGACCGGGGCACUCCAUGGGGAAGUACUCGGUUUAAUGAUGCCCUGGCGAAGCAGCUCCUCAAGUUGGCGCUUGAGUUCCUGGGCUUCGGGAACCGAAAGGCGAUAAGGGGCGCGAUUUUGAAUGCGAUAGUUGGGCUCGAGCUGGAUGUGGUGCUCGAUACCACGCAUGGGAGGAAUGCUGCUGUAGGAGACGGAUGGUGGGAAAACAUCGUGAUACUCAUGAAGGAGGGCACCAACGCUAGGCAGCAAGGAAGAAAGAAGGGUGAGGAGAUCCGUGAUGUCGACAACAUAGAGUUCUACAUCAGGCUCACGAAGGAGGUGGUGGAACUGGGGGGUUGGGCGUGUGGUAAAGAAGUGGAGGGUGGUGAGGUAGGUGUCGUGGAUACUAGAAUUGCGGAGGUGGCUGAACACGAUGCCAUGGGUCCGGACAAGGGAAGUGCGGAGGUGGGGAUUUGGGAGGAAGAGCUGGGUGCGGAAGUCAGGGGAGAGGACAUGCCACCUGUGGACGAGACAAGCGUGAACUUGCUGGCCCACGAGGCACGCUUCGAGUAUCACUCCUUUGAGACGUUGUCUAGGAAAGCCCUAGAUUUGAAGGCCACUCUAGGAAAUGCUCAACCCUCUCAGAGUGAUGCGAGGAAGAAGAAGAGUUCGCAGGAAUGGAAGAAGAAGGGGGCGAAGUUGAUGAUGGUUGAGUCCGAUGGGACUCAAACAGAGAUCGAUGAGCUCACAGACCUGCUGGACGUUUCAGAGUACGACGACGAGGAGACCACUGAGGGUAGCACCCUCGCCGCAGUAGUCAAGGCUAAGGCUGGUGACCGAGUGAAGGGCCAACCAAAGAGUCAAGGGAAGGCCGCCUCCAAUCAGACCAAAGUGGCUGAUUGGGUCAAGGCAGGUCUUGAUCAAGACGUGUCGCGGGACCGCUGAGUGCGUGGCGCUUGUAUAAACUGUGGUGAAUACGGACACACCCAGUACAAGUGCCAAAAUGCAAAGGUCACGCAGAAGA